CAAUUCCGUGCUUGGAUUGACUUUUCCCACCUCGUUUUCAGACUCUAAUUAACUGGUUGCGAGAAUCCUUUCAAUUGAAUUUCCACAUAUGCACACCACGGGCGAUUGAUGCAUAUCCAUUAAAAUAUGUACUCGGAGAUGCUGCCGAACAGCUCCCUGUAGAGCGAAAAAGACAUUUAUGUUGAUGUGUAAAAGCAAACACACCCACAAAACCAUAUCCAUAGACAUCAUCAUCAUCACAGAGAGAGAGAGAGAGAGAGAGAGAGAUGGGGAACAUCAUAGGAGGAGGAAGAAAGAAAGCAAAGGUGAUGAAAAUCAAUGGUGAAAUCUUCAAAAUCAAGAUUCCGGCGCGAACUUUGGAUGUAGUGGGCGACUACCCUGGUCAUGUCCUGUUGGAAUCGAAAUCAGUUGAGCGGCUUGGGAUAAGAGCCAAGCCACUCGAGCCACAAGAAGCCUUGAAGCCCAAGAAGAUCUAUUUCCUAGUGGAGUUGCCUAAGCUACCUCAAGAAAAAGUGCCGACGAGGGCGCCGCAAUCCGCGAAGGACUGGCUGUUGUCAUCAUGCCGAUCGGUAUCCGAUCUUGCGGUCACGAGACCAAUCGGUCGCGGUUCACCAGGAGGGCCCGGACCAAGUUCCGGGCCUGUAAGGGUUAAGUUGAGGCUGCCAAAGGCCCAGCUGGAUAAGAUGGUUGAAGAAAGCAGAGAUGAAGCAGAGGUGGCUGAGAAGAUUAUGGAUCUCUAUAGGGAGAAAGCUGCGGGUGAAGUAGAAAGGGAUGGAUCAGAUGAACAUGAAGAAGGGCUUUUGUUGCACAAGAAAGGUCAGUGGAGGCCUGAUCUUGGCAGAAUUAGGGAAAAUUUUGGGCCUGGCGGGGUAUCUCUUCUCUAAGCUUACAAGUUUUUCAUGUCAUGCAAGUUAUGAUACUGAACUCUACCGAGUUCGCCCAUGGUGGUGGUCAAGAUCGCUGGGACUACGUAGUUUGCUCCUCCAUAUCUCGGAGUCACUCUUGUAGAGCUAAUUCAAGUAGAAUGUUGUCACGAUUUUAAUUAGAUCGUUGUCAGUAGACGACGAGAUUAAUCUCUAAAGAUUAAUCGAGGCGGGAUAAACUUGCUCAAAUACCUGAAUUAUAAGAAAAACUUGCAUGUCA